AUGACCGCUGACAUGGCCAGCCUAGCUAGAGGAUCUAUAUCUUCCUCAUCGUCUGCGUCCACGUCGGGCGAUGUGGCUGACGCACCGCGCUCGUAUUCGCCCGACGCAUCCGAUGCGGGUCGAAACAAGGUGGUGGGUGCCUGUUCCAGCUGCCGCAGGUCCAAGGUGCGGUGCGAACACGACGGUACUGCGCCCUGCAAGCGCUGCAAGAACGGCGGCUACGAAUGUGCCUUCAAGCCGCGAGAAAUGGGAAGCGCAUUUCUGCACGACGAGUGGCGCGUCAGGACCGACGAGACGCUCACCAAGCUCGUUUCGGCCAUCAAUGCGCUGGUGCAGCAGGAGUCGUCGUCGAGCUGGCGCAAGCGCAAAGCAGCAGACGAGGGAUGGCGCAACGAGUCGGCGCAUGCCAGUCCGGCAGCCGGACCACAGCAUGCAAGGGCGGCGGAGUCGACAUAUGGGAUGACGCUCAACGAGUCCAUGCUGGGCUACCGCGUGCAGCCACACAUAGCGAAUGCGUCAACAAGCGCAACGCUCAUGGACCACAGGGCUAUUUCAGCUUCCCGGCGACCGUCCGCUGUGUUUGGGCUUAAUCCUUUGGCGCAUCGACCGGAAGUCGUCCUCUCUGGAACGGACGCAAUAGCAAGUCGGGACGCAGCACAAUGCUCUCCGCGGGCACAGGGCAGCCUGGCGCUUCCUCGCUUUGCUCUCAGCAGUCCGGUUUCGACUACUGCCGCACCAAAGACGGCGUUGCUCUCGCGUUCCAGUCGAUAUCGCUUCCCAGACGCUAGUCUCGGGAGCAAUGAUCCGCGCUUGGAUGCAGUUCGUCUCGGCAUCCUCUCUUCGCACGAAGCACGCUCGCUCUUUUCGCUGUACGCCAAGCGAAUCGAGCCGUUCGCAUUUGGCUUUCCCGACUUUCCUGCCUCGAGCGAGCUGACACCAGUCCUGCUCUCCGCGAUCGCAACGGUUGCCUCGCGGCACUCGCACGCCGACCUACGCGAGCGUCAGCUUCGACUGCGCGCGGAUGUCCUUGAUCGCACGCUCCCCUACGCACCCACCACGGCCGAGGACGAAUUCAACCCCGAAAGCGGGAUCGGUACGGAGGAGGUGGUGGGUGCGUGUAUCUGGAGUGCCUACGAUGCCUCGCCCGAUGCGUGGAGGGUGGCUAGAGCCGCGCGGUGGUGGAGUGAAAAGUACAGCUACGAGUCGGGUCCGCACGCCGGGCUGACAGUAGGCGAGAUGGUCGCCAUCCUUCCGCCAGUGCGACCCGUCAAUAUGCAGGAUCGUGUGAGGGUGUGGCUCGCCGCAUUCCUCGCCGAGCUGCACCAGUGCGAGAUUCACGACAGGCAGCCCAUCAUGCAGCUCGUCGACCCUUCGCAGUACGGUCAGGCGCUCACAUCGGACUUGCACGCAAGUUCAACUCGAUCAACUUCGCCUGGGGGCUUGGGUAUGACCAAACAAGAUGCGGCACUUGUCUUCUACUGCCGCGUCGCAUUCCUCAUCACCAAGUCAAGGGGUGUGGGGGAUGCAGAAGAGCUGCUCAAGCUCAGUCGAGAGAUUACGGGCUGCUGGUACGAAGCGAGAGCCAAGCUCGCCACCGACCCGGAUCGAAAAGACGAGUGCGACCAUACGAUUGACCUUCACCAUGCGCUCGCCAAGGCACGGACGCUAAUCAUGGCAUGUAGAGCGUUUGAGACGCGCUGCACUGGAGCUGCGACGCCAGAACAGGCAAGUACGGCUACAGCCUUGCACAUAUCGUGUGCACAGCAGUGCCAGAGCGCGUGCAUGGACGUCCUUAGGCUCCUCGUUGCACCCAGAGCAGGACUAGUGGGCAGCUUGGCGGUUUUGCCUCUGAUUUACCAUCACUGGAUAACGGGAUGCCUGGUGUUUUUGCUGCAGUUAUGCGAGCCGGAUCGUCAAUUUUACCGACUGGGUCUGCUCGCUGAGGGUCAGCUGGAAGAUGUCUUGCGCACAGUCGACGGCUUUGUCCAGCAGUACGUCGGCGAGCUGACACAGUGCACCUCGUCAGUUCCCAUCGAAGGGCAAGAGGAACAACACGCGCACGAAGCGGUCCACCAUCCUGCUCUCGAGCCGGCGCUGGCUAUUGCCGAGCUUCUAGCUGGCGUGCGGGCCACAGCCUAG